UUUUUCUCCCUCUUCCCCCAAGCUCCAUCUCCCACCCGCGCCUCCUUGCUGCUCUUCUUCCCAACUGUAGCUGUUUUUUUAUCCUCCGCCGCUCCUUACUUCUCUCCCGACUCCGGAAACCGCCUCCGUCCAGAGAAGGUUGAUUCAGAACUCGUUCAGCGGCAAUUCGGCAAGGCAAUAACUUCAGAUUUGCGAUGGAACUGGCAUUUUUAUUACCUUAAAGUUGGCUUCAUGGAGGGCAGCAGUUUUCCCUUACCAAAUUUGGGUUCCGAUGUUGUUAGCACACCAAGAAAAGCCGGAAAAAUGCUUAGUAGUAGUAGUAGUGGAUUUUCUAAGAAAACACGUGUUGGUCAAAUAGAAGACAUUAUGAUUUCAACUGGAGUUGAUGACGUAAAGGAUAAGCCAGGGUGUAAUUCUACAAAAUGUAACUUAUCAGAUAAAACACAAAUGCUGAGACAAAAGAACAGCUUUAGUGGCAAGAGAGGUGACAGGAAAAUUUUCAAAGUUCCUAUGAAGCCGAAAUCUGAUUCUUUCUCCAAGAAGGGUGGUUUUGCAAGCUUUACUCUGGCCUCUGGUGGGAACAACUUCCUUGGAUUGUAUGGACUGAAGUCUGAUGAUAUAAAUGAUGUCUCCAAGCUUGUAGAGGAUUUAUCAUUAAAUGAACUCCUUGAUGGUAGAUUCGAGCAUCCCAUUUUAGGCGGUGAGAAGGAUAGGAAAGCAACUAACACAACUGAAAAUUUUCUACAUUCUGUUAGAAAGGUGUUCUCCAUUCUUCCGCUACGAAGAGCACAAUGCCACAAUGUUGCGGAUAUAGACAGUUCUUCCCACAUGAAAAUGCCCUCAUGUACACUGAGCUCUGUUUCUGUUCCGGCAAGUAGUGUUAAUGGUGAUAAAGAAGACACUUGUUCUGUAGACCCAUCACCAUGCAACAAGGAUUCAUCUGGCAAGUGUGAAAUGCCUGCCAGUCCUUCGGAUUUUUCAUUGUAUCAGCCCAAAGAUAUUUUACAGCGCUUGGCGUUACCUCCACCAAAAGAUCUGGACUCUUUACUUCUCGAUGCAACCAAGCCUUCAACAUCCACAAGGAAUAAUUCUGAUACUCGUUCAGGCAAGCAAAUGCUCCGCCGAGCUAGCUUGCCACCAUUUCCUUGGUCGCAUACUCUUAAUGGGUGCAGAACCAAUCCUGAUGCGGUUAAGCUCUUAUCAAACAAGUGCAUGUGCCAAGGGCGAUGGGGAAAAGUACCAAACACUUCCAGUUCACCUGAGACUGCAACUGGUUGUUUUUCCAACUUGGAAUCACUUGCCUAUGAUCCAAGCCUGAUUCCUUCCUUUCCAAAAUUUGGUAAUUCAGAAGGUGAAAUAGCAUCGCCAUCUGGUACUCUUCAUUUAUGUGAACAGCGUGCAGAACCUCUUGCAACUUAUGCCAAGGCUUUUAAUGUUCCACAAGUUGGACACUGUCCAAAAAUAUUGGCUGCAGCUCAAACAUUAUGUGACAUUGCGACAAAACCCUUGAGGCAGAACCCAGAUGGCAUUAUAAGGUGGCCAAAGAAGCCUUCACAAAAGGCCAUGAAAGCUCGCAAGUCAAAAUCAAUUGAGAAAUCGGAUGGAGUAUAUGCGACGACUUCUUCAUUGUUGGGAUCUGACAAACUGUUGAGAUGCGACACGGACCAUAUAAUUCUCUCGAAAAGGCCUAAGCUCUCUGUAGUCGAGAAUAAGAAGGAUCUCAAUCACAAAAAUGGUGUUAAAAAAGCACAGAUGGCUUGGUCUACACCUAAAUCAAGUAGAUCAUCGCCUGGCAAAACAGUGAGUGAUACAAGACAUUCCACUGCCAAUGUAGUAAAGAUGCCAUGUACGAAUCUUCCGGCAACGGUUUUGGAUAAGCCUUGCAACAGUCAACAUAAGUUACGGAAGCUAAUGCCCGUAGACUGGAAACGGGGGGAGAGAUAGGCUCGACUAAUCAAGUAAUCUUUUCUUUUUUUUGAUGUAGAAGUUUGCAUUCCAUAAAUAUUACUAUUUAUCAACCCCUCCGUGAGGCUAAAUCGGUGUUCCUGGUUGUAUGUAAAUAUAUCACGUUGUAGGCUGUGUUGUUGCUGAAAAAGGGGAAAAUGUUACAAUGGUAGUAUCAAGGGAUAGUUGUAGAAUACCGCAGGUGAAUUCUUUGCCUUGUAUAUUGUAUAGAGCAAUUGAUGAGGCAAUAGAAGUUUCAGUUUCUCGCA